GUUAGUACAGGCUUUGAAGCGAGAUUUUUUACCACCCGAUUACGACGAAGAAUUGUGGAGAGAGAUUCGUAGCAGGACACAAGGUUACAGCGAACGUGUUACUAUUUACAUAGCUGCAAUGGCGAAUUUAUUUAGUCGUCUCUCACAACCGCCGUCAGAAGAAAUUAGAUUAAGCACCAUAAAGAAAAACUUACUGCCCAAGUUCCAGACUAGAAUAGCUUUGCAAGAGAUAAGAUCCAUUGAACAGUUGGCCGAUGUUUGCAGGACGUUGGAAGCCGCCUUUACGACACAACAACGAUUCCAACCCCCACCAAGGAGAAGUGUAGCGUUGCUAGAACCAGAUUUGGCCUACUCUGAGACGUUAGUAGAGACAGAGGCGCAUUCGUCUAAAUCGAGGCAGUCACGGUCACAUUGUGCCCGACCUGAAGUUAGUGAACUGCGAUGUUAUAAUUGCAAUCGUGCUGGUCAUUUGAAGCGAGAUUGUCGUGAAGCCAAGAAGGAACCAGUGUGCUUUGGAUGUGGACGACGAGGCGUUAUCCGACCUAACUGCCCAAAGUGUUCAAAAAACUAGCAAACAGGCAACACGCAUCCAAGAGCCCACGCGAGUUGUCUGGUGUAUAUCAAAAGGCUCAGAAAAAAUGUGGCAUCUCACCACACGAGUGGAGAGAGUGGUUGGCGAAGGUGAAGAGUUUUUGCGGUUCUUUAGCAAGAUGUCCAAAAAGGUGUAUAAAAAAGGCAUCGUUUAAGCAGAUGCUAUGUUUGAGGUAGACAAAAAAUGUGAUAGUCGGCCCCAUUUGAAAAUUGAAGCGUAUGGACAUUCAUUGGUUGCAUUAGUAGAUAGCGGAGCGUCAAUUUCGGAACAGAAGGUGUGAAUACUGCAGAAGGACGUAUGCAGAAAAUUACGGGGUACGUUCAGUUACCUAUAUCGGUAGAUGGAACGUGCAAGGUCAUGAAGUUUUGGGUGGUACCGACCAUCCGCCAUUUUGUAAUCUUGGGUAACGAUUUUUGUGAGAAAUUUAGAACGGUAAUAGAUUGGAAUCAGAAAACGAUUGUUGUGAAUGAUAAACGUGAGGGAUGCGAGGGGAGAGUUGAAUAGCGACCAAGAACAAAACUUGAGAGAGGUUAUUGGCAAAUUUAAGUCUCUUUCGUGGGAAGCAGGAACCAAGUUGGGUAGAACCAACAAAAUAAUUCACAAGAUUGACACCGGUGAAGCAGAACCAAUUAAGCAGAGAUAUAACAACAUGUCUCCAUAUAUGUUGCAACAUUUGAACGGCGAGUUAGACAAAAUGUUAGAAUUAGGGGUAGUACAGCCAUCCUCAUCCCCGUGGGCAUCACCAGUAGUGUUGAUAAAGAAAUCCUCAGAUUCCCUUAGAUGCCAACUCUAAAGAAAAGACUGC